AUGGUAGGUCUUAGGCUUCAAGUGUUGGUGAUUCCGUUGGAGAUCAGUCCAUUGCCCACCGAAGAAAUCAACACCUUGGUCUCCAAGAAAUUCGUUCUCGUGGCCAAUGCAGACAACACGGUUGAGAGCUUGAUCAGCGAGAUCCAGCACAAGUUUGCCAAGCUUUACCCUCAAGAGACGCCCAUUGAGAUUCUCAAUUUCCACGACAAGAACCUCUGCGAGGUGGAUAUAGAUUACCAGAUUCUGGACAUUUUUGAAAAAGAUGAUGUUGUGCGGGUCACCGUGCUGGGGAGUUUCAAGCAGACUGCAAGUGCCAACGUCGGCAUCAAAAGAGCUUAUGAAAAAAUGCAUUCUCCAGGUGAAGAUGGACAUGGACGGAAUCCCAUGCAGACGCCAUCGCGUUUCACUUCAUCGCCGGUGCAACUAGCGCCUCCUCCACCGCCAGCCGAGCCCCUUUACAAGAUUCCCAAGAAGCGUUCCAAUGAGUCUCCCUCGAGUGUGCGAGGAGAAAGGGUCACCAGUGGCAUGCUCUCACAGCCACCCACGGCCGAGUCUGCCACUUUUGACCAUAGUUUUGGCGUGAACAUGCAAGAAGAAGAAAAACAAGAACAAGAACAAGAACAAGAACAAGAACAAGAACAAGAACAAGAACAAGAACAAGAACAAGAACAAGAACAAGAACAAGAACAAGAACAAGAACAAGAACAGGAACAAGAACAGGAACAAGAACAGGAACAAGAACAGGAACAAGAACAAGAACUGGAACUGGAACUGGAACAAGAGCAAGAGCAAGAAGAAAAACAAGAGCAAGAAGAAGAACAAGAACAAGAACAGGAGCAAGAACCAAAACAAAAACAAAAAAAACGAAAUCAGCGUGGCCCAUUGGCUAUCUCAUCUUCGUCGGAAGAUGAGGAUGCAAUUGGAAAACCAAAUGCAGGGCAACCUGACCCUAUCAAAGCCACCCCUGCUAAGCCGAUUGGGCAAGAGAAAAUAUCUAAAAGAGUCAUUCUAGAUAUGUUUGAUCUGUCUGAUAAAGGUAGACAAGGAGACGCGUUGAUAAAAUCCUUGGAAAUCGACACUAAUGAGGGCCACCCCAGUGUCAAUUUCGCAAAGGGCAAGAGAAAUGCCACCAAGACAACCGACAAGUUGGAAACCGUGUCUAAAUCCAAUGAUCUGAAAAAGAAGAUUCAACCCAAUGUAUCGGCCAAUAUUACAUCUACAGGAUCGCCUUCUAACCCACUUCAACAAACACCAACACCUGCUGCUUCAGCAGCAAAGUCUAACGGGAAGAAACCCCACAGACGUUUAAAACAAACUUCAAAAAAGCCUGAGAGCGGAAGCGAAAGUGAAACCGCAAGAGCAUCCACAAACGCAACCACAAGCGUCAUGGACGUGUCGACUACUACUUCUCCAAAAGUCAAUCUUGAGCCUCAAAGACCAAUGAACCUUCUCGAGAAUCUUUACAUCAAUUUGCGCAACAUGGCAAGUGAACUACAGAAUUUGAAAACUGACCAUGGAUUUGCAGAGGUUCCCGCUCUGUUUGCAAUCGGACCUUAUAAAAGCGAUAUUUAUGUCGAGACGGGCAUCGAUUUCCAGAUGAAAUUGACCGAGAAAGGUGACCAAGAUGGGGAAGAUAAAAAAGCCGCAGCAACAACAACAACAACAAAAACAAGAAAAAGAAAAUUAAAAACAGAAGAGAAUAGAGGUGGAGCUACUCGAGGCAAGGCAAAACCCACGGCCCGAAAUGGAACGUUUUCGACUCCCAAAAAGUCUCAAGAUGCGCCAGUUGCAAACACUAGAGCUUGGAUAGGGCGUUGGGGGAAAAGGGCAACUCCUGCAUCGUCUCGGACCAGAGCAGCUCCAAAGAGUCCCAGCACUAGUCCCCUGGUAGGCGAAGUGAUUGAAAUCUCCAGUGGGGACGAUUCGAGUGAGAGUGAAAGUGAAGAUGAGAGUGAAAGUGAAAAGGAAAAUGAGAAUGAAAAUGAGAAUGAGAAUGAAAAUGAAAAUGAGAAUGAAAAUGAGAAUGAAAAUGGGAGCAAAAAUGAAGAUAAAAAUGAGAACGAGAAUAAAGAUGUAAAGGAGAAUGGAAAUCAAAAUGAGGAUGAGGAUGACAAGAAGGCGGCAGAAAAAGAAAAUAGCUCUUUUGAUGGUAAAGAAAGUUUACAAUCAAUACGCAAUGAGACCAGCCCCUCAACAUCACGGUCGAGACCUGCUAAACCUGCUGCAAAUGCACCACCGUCUCCUGCCAAGAGCACCUCUCCAUCUUUGCCUGUGCCAAAAACAACUGCACAAACGACAGCUGGCAACAGCUCGCCCAAAAUUUCAAGCACUAACCAGGCUAAUGAGACCAAGAAUAACGGGGAAGCCCCAGACAAUCACAGCAACUCAGGUACCCCCGCCCAAAAGAAGGGAUCCACUCAGGACUUGUCAAACAAGUUAUCAUGGAAAAGUCCCCAGGAGAUUAGAAACAACAAUAUGUCCGUUUCCAAUCUUAUCACAGCAACUACCCCCACUAGUUCCAAGAAAACCAUGGGCAACUUUUUUUUCAAGAGUUUUGCUAAACCAGCAAUAUCGCAUGGGGAAGAUCGUGUUGACGAAGCCGCGGGCGGGAAACAACCAAUGCCCAAAACCAAUGGAGCUCCACUUAAUUCCGAGGCAAUUCAAUUCGAAUCAAGGUUGGCGAAUGCAACCACGGAACCGGUGCUUAAUGUGAGAACUCACCCGGAUCUGGAAAGAAACUAUGCCAGUGGUGGUGAUGAUGAGCUCUCGAGCUCGAGCGAGAGUUCACUGGGUGGACUGGAAGGUGAAGAAAGAGUGUAUUCACGUUUAGUUGCGUCGGAGCCUGAGAAAGUGAAACUGAAACCGAAACCUGCUGCUGCUGUAUUGCCGCUGUCGAUGACACAAGAGCCAAAACCUUUAGCUGAAGUUUCAGCUGACACUAGCUUGCAAUCGUCAGCAGCUAAACCGCCAACACCAUCGUCAACACCGUCAUCAUCGCAAAAGGAUGCAAAAACAGCACAUUCCCAUUCCCAUGGAUCAAGCCAACCCAGUGCAGAUCCCCACACCGCAGGGUCUUUUGAAACCAAAGUCGAUGGGCCUCCCAAGACUUCCAUGCCUUCGAUUGCCCUUCCACUGUUACUAGAUUUGGAGCUGAGGGGAGUUCCCGAGGUUAAGGAUGCCGAUAGUGACGGCAAGACGCAGAAAACGGGUAAAGUGGCAGUAAAUGGCGAUGCCAGUAAGGAAAAUAAGGGAAACAAAGAGGAGGAGGAUGAAGAGGAGGAAUCUUCUGAAUCUUUUUCAUCAUCAUCUUCUUCUUCUUCUUCAAAUUCCGAGUCUAGCGACGACGAUGCCAUGAAGGGCCCAUUUUUAAGCAUCAAGGGCCGAAAAGUUCAAAAGAAGAGUAAAACCAAGAGUAAUUUGUUUACGCAAAUGACCAAAUUUUGA